GCUAGGGAGCGGUUGCCGAACCGGGGCUCUACCGCGGGCGGGCAGCUGUGCAGCGAACCGUCUGGGAUCUCGCUCUGGGGGCUGCAGCUUUUCCCAGCCUGGAGCCUGUGCGCGGGGGCGGGAGAAGAGCCGAGGGAGCGGGCUGGGCCCGGGGCUGCGGCUGCGGCCGCGGGGCUGCGGCUCCCCAGCCCCGCCAGCCGGAGCGCUCCGAGGUAGAGGAAAGGUCUUGUCAGGGUGGCUGGACCAGUGGCAGCUUGCAGGGGGCAUUGCCCUGUUUGCGAACUGGCUUUAGCGAGAUUACUGCCGCACUUUUGGGUGAACGGAACAUUUUAGAUUCUUGCUCUGAGUCCAGUUCCAGAUUCUGGACUUGAGGGUUCUGGGCUGUGUUCUAUAGAAGCAAAGGAGAGAAGGACUCAAAUCCAGGCCAGCUGUAUGGCUGUCUGAGGUGUUGGAACAGAAGGAGGUCCAUUCCUGUUGGUGACAACACUGUGGCCCUGUUCUGGGAUGAGCGAGGUGUAAAGGUUUCCCCCGAGAAAGAGCAGCUGAGUCCUUGCAUAUUGUGGCAGCUGGUGUACCUAGCACUGAGUCCAUCGGAGCUGAAGCCAGCUUGGCCCCUUCUCAUGGGCAGUGCAACCCUGUGCUGAGGUCCUGCAGUGGUGGCAGUGUGAGGAGCUGUGAAAUUGGUUGUAACUGAAAAUGUCUGACGGUCUGGAUAAUGAAGAGAAACCCCCAGCUCCCCCACUGAGGAUGAAUAGUAACAACCGGGAUUCUUCAGCACUCAACCACAGCUCCAAACCACUUCCCAUGGCCCCUGAAGAGAAGAAUAAGAAAGCCAGGCUCCGAUCUAUCUUCCCAGGAGGAGGGGAUAAAACCAAUAAGAAGAAAGAGAAAGAGCGUCCAGAGAUCUCUCUUCCUUCAGACUUUGAGCAUACGAUUCAUGUGGGGUUUGAUGCAGUCACCGGGGAAUUCACUAACUCCCCUUUCCAGACCUCUAGACCUGUGACGGUCGCUUCAAGUCAAUCAGAGGGAAAAAUGCCAGAUCUCUAUGGCUCACAGAUGUGCCCAGGGAAGCUCCCAGAGGGAAUUCCUGAGCAGUGGGCACGAUUACUCCAAACCUCCAACAUAACGAAACUAGAACAGAAGAAGAACCCACAAGCUGUCCUAGAUGUUCUCAAAUUCUAUGAUUCCAAAGAAACAGUCAACAACCAGAAAUACAUGAGCUUUACAUCAGGAGACAAAAGUGCACAUGGAUACAUAGCAGCCCAUCCUUCGAGUACAAAAACAGCAUCUGAGCCUCCUUUGGCUCCUCCUGUGUCUGAAGAAGAAGAUGAAGAAGAGGAAGAAGAAGACGACAAUGAGCCUCCACCAGUGAUUGCACCAAGGCCAGAGCAUACAAAAUCAAUCUACACUCGUUCUGUGGUUGAAUCCAUUGCUUCACCAGCAGCACCAAAUAAAGAGGUCACACCACCUUCCGCUGAGAAUGCCAAUUCCAGUACUUUGUACAGGAACACAGAUCGGCAAAGGAAAAAAUCCAAGAUGACAGAUGAGGAGAUCUUAGAGAAGCUAAGAAGCAUUGUGAGUGUUGGAGACCCAAAGAAAAAAUACACAAGAUUUGAAAAAAUUGGUCAAGGGGCGUCGGGUACUGUUUAUACAGCACUAGACAUUGCAACAGGACAAGAGGUGGCCAUAAAGCAGAUGAACCUUCAACAGCAACCAAAAAAAGAAUUAAUUAUUAAUGAAAUCCUAGUCAUGAGGGAAAAUAAGAACCCUAAUAUUGUUAAUUAUUUAGAUAGCUACUUAGUGGGUGAUGAACUAUGGGUAGUCAUGGAAUACUUGGCUGGUGGCUCAUUGACUGAUGUGGUCACAGAAACCUGUAUGGAUGAAGGACAGAUAGCAGCUGUCUGCAGAGAGUGCCUCCAAGCUUUGGAUUUCUUGCACUCAAACCAAGUGAUCCAUAGAGACAUAAAGAGUGACAAUAUUCUCCUCGGGAUGGAUGGCUCUGUUAAACUGACUGAUUUUGGGUUCUGUGCCCAGAUCACACCUGAACAAAGUAAACGGAGCACUAUGGUGGGAACCCCUUAUUGGAUGGCACCAGAGGUGGUGACUCGAAAAGCUUAUGGUCCGAAAGUUGAUAUUUGGUCUCUGGGAAUUAUGGCAAUUGAAAUGGUGGAAGGCGAACCCCCUUACCUUAAUGAAAAUCCACUCAGGGCAUUAUAUCUGAUAGCCACUAAUGGAACCCCAGAGCUCCAGAAUCCUGAGAGACUGUCAGCUGUAUUCCGUGACUUUUUAAAUCGCUGUCUUGAGAUGGAUGUGGAUAGGCGAGGAUCUGCCAAGGAGCUUUUGCAGCAUCCAUUUUUAAAAUUAGCCAAGCCUCUCUCCAGCCUGACUCCUCUGAUCAUCGCUGCAAAGGAAGCGAUUAAGAACAGCAGCCGCUAGGACUGCAAGCCUUACCCCUCACCAUCUCCCUCAUGAGUAAGACUGAAAUCAAACUCUGCUGCAAGAAAGAUGAAAGAAAAGACAGUCGAAAGGGGUGGGGGUUCUUUACCUUUAAAAUGAAUAGAAACUUCUGAUAAGCCUUUUUCCUACUCCCUCAGAUUAUGUAAUUUAUUUGUAAGCCUGAAUCGCAGCCCACACAGGGCAGCAAUGUUGAAGUGGCCAUAAAGUGGUCACUUCCACCGUGAAGCGAAAGAGCCAGUAGUGAAUCCCCUCAUUUUGUGCAUUCACUUUGAAGAAAAAAAGUUUCUCAAAGAUGCACACUUCCUCUUCAUAGUGUUGUGUUUGUUUUUAAGUUAGAGAGUAGUCCCUCUUGCAUUCGAACCUCCUUCAAAACUCCUUACCCAAUGUGAUGUUUUUCACUUGCAUUGUCAUUAGCUGUCCAGAAAAAAAGAUGUCAAAAUGUUUUUUUUAAAAAAAAAAAAAAAGCAAAGAAAAAACCAAACAAGCAAACAACAACAACAGCAAAAAAAGAAAAAAAAAAAAAAAAAAAAGAGCAAGUACUGUGUGAACACGUGGAAGUCCAUGCCCUAAUAGAGUUGCAAUUUUUUAUUCUUCUAUAGUGGUGGCUUGGUUUGUGAACCUAUUUUUCUGCAUUCGUAUUGGAAAAGGUUUCUUUCAAGACAUUUUCCAAAAGGAGAGAGGAGCUUGUAUGGUCAGGAAGGGCUUUUCAAACUAUAUAUCUAAAUAAGCUCCACUGGUGAAAUCCUGCCACAUUUUCACCAUGAGGCUUUAGAGGUAGUUGAUCUGUCAUUUAUGUAAACCAGUUUGUUAAUCUUCGUGAUAACUAAAAGAAGGCAGAUAACUGAAACUGUGGCGAGCCUGCAUGGUGAGUCCAGUUUCUGAACCUUAGGGAAUCGCGAUAGGAGAAACCAUGUCUAGACAAAGAUGGAACUUUUCUGUAAGAGCCAAAAGUACAGUAAGAUACAGGAGUAAUACUGAAGCAAAGGUAAGGAUAUCUAUUUACUUUAAUCUUCUCCUGUGCUUAUGGAACAUAUGGACUGUAAAAUAGGCACAUCAGGUGGAAAUUGACCCAUUUACCAACAUUUCUAUAUGACAAAUAUUAUUUGUUUUGACAAUUUACACCAUUUGUAAAAGAUUUAGAGAACAGAGAUGUAGUAAACAUUAAACUCUGUAAGAAAUUGGAGGUCAGUGAAAGAUACAGCCCAAUCAACAUUUGGCUCUAAAUACUUAUUCCCAUUUUCCCUACGUAUCACCAAUUUCUGUUUCAGGAUAUGGUGUGUUCAUACUUAGUUCCUUGUGUGUUCAUACUUAGUUCCUUGGACUCCUGAAUAUCAAAAGCAUGUUGGUAAAGAUCUUGAAAUUCUCCAGUGGAAAUAAUUUUGGCUUGCAAUCAUAUCCCAAGAAAUAUCAGUCCAACUGAAUUCCUUUUGUGGCUUGUGGAAAUUAUCAAAAGUUGACUCUUAUUUCACCAUAUGUCUAUUAAAAAUUCAACAGUUGACACUUCCUGAAUCUUCCGAGAGUAGAAAAAUAGCUGGAGGGUAUCUAUGUAGAAAAGGAUAUGCUUCUCUUUUGAGUGUAUUGUCAGUUUUUGCAAAGUCUGGAAAGUUGUUUCUCUAAGCCUUUAAGAAGCUAACAAUUUGUGCUGUAGAAGGCUUCUUGACUUGUAGUAUGUGAAGAUUCUGAAUAGAACCUAUCUACAUUCAGCAAGAGGGGGAAAGAGGUCAAUGGCAUAGCAUUCUUUCCUUCUCUGCCAAGGUACUUCCAUCCAUCUAACCAUCCAUCCAUCCAUUCCUUAAAUUGAAAUCACUUUCUUUAGAGUUUCAGCUAACCAUGUGGUGCGCGUGUUUAUAUAUAGGAGAUGAUGCCACUGGUAGAUUAUCUAUUUUCCUAUUAUUUUCUUUGACUAUAAAAUUUGGAAGGGGCUUGAACCCUCUGACAAUAUCCACAGUGGGCUAGACCAACAAAUGGGAAGGGAAAUCAAAUGAUAAUAUUAAUUUGAAACAUACUAUGUUAAGCUUUGCAAAAAAGUAACUGGGCCUGAAUUUUUUAAAGCCACACUGCUGUAAUGAGAGAGGCCUUAAUUUUGAUUUCAUUGAACGUUAAGUUGUUUUUAUUACGUUUUAACUGAUAGUGCCGGAAAAUUCAAUACCUGGGAUGCAAAUACAAUCCAGUACACUGGUGACUAUACCCUGCCAGUAGAGGAAGCUGAAAACGUGGUUGGAAAGCCCUGCUCAUCUGUUAGCAUCCCUUCUAUGUUACAAAGGCCUAUUUGUCGUUAUUUUGGAGACCCUGGAGCAGUGAUCCUUCAGAUCACUGUAAGCAGAGAAGUGACUUCUCUUUUAUGCUUUCAGUUCAGCACAUUAGCAAUGAGGAGCCAGGUACUUUACCACCAAUUUAUACCAAGAUUUGAUGAUAAUAUAUUCCAGUAGGCAUUACUCUUACAAAUUUAUAUCUAUGUAAAUUUUCCACUGAGAACAGCUUCUAAAGCCCUUUCCCUGCAUUGGAGAGUUAUGUGUAUUUCUAAUAAGUAUUAGAGAGAAACUGUUUCUCAUGCCAAAAUGAUGCUGAAGGAUUCACAUUUGGUGCACUUGAACAACUUGGACUCCAGAUGGUUAAGAAUUGAUUUCCUCUCUCUGCAUUUUUUAAUGUUGAUUCUAAGAUGUCCUGAGAUCGGAAUAGGGCAGUGGGAAAGUCAGGGAAGGGUGAGAAGCACAGUAGAGAUUAUUUAUUUAAACAAGAAAGGAACACUAAUGUUGUAGCAAGGAUCCGGUGCGUUGUCAUAAUCCCGUGAGGAGUUAUUUGGAUGACACAAUCGCUUGAAAUCAGUCACCAUGUUGGGUAAUGACUUCGUUCUUGCUGAUCUCGUCUAGUGUCAUUGUAAAUAUUUGUGCGUCCAUGUUCCAUUUUGGCUACUGGAUGGCCAAGUCAUGUAAGAAGAUUUAACUCAAGUAUUUAUUCUUUAAUUGUGUUACUCAGAUUUCUUUCAGGCUCGUGAACCGCACCUCGAUGUUGAGUUUAACCACCUGAUCCUCACAUCUACCCCCUCCCCCGUGAAGCACAUUCCAUUGCUAAAAGAAAAAGAAAUAUGAAAUUGCUUCCUGUUGUCUGUAUAAUUGUUUUGAUAGUUUGAGAUGUUUGUCUAUAAAGGAUAUUUCUCAGCUCAAAGAUCGUGUAAAUAAUUCUAUUCCUUUGCUCAGUGGGUUGUUUAUUACUAAUGAGGCUGCCAGUUCUCAGAGAGGUUCUAUAAAAUCACUUUUGAAUAGCAUAAGCAGGGAUUACAACUAUGUAAAAAUAAGUGUGUAUAUGGACAAAGACUGGGAACACGGAUCGUUGAAAUCAGUUGUAUUAGGGUGGUGGGAUUAUGUGAAAAUUUUCUUUCUUUUAAAAUUUUUUUUUGGUGUUGUUGUAAUAUUGCUUUUUAAUAAACAAACAUCAGAAAGGGAACUAUAGAAACAUAGAAAAGAUGCCAGAAGCAGAUUCCUUCUGGCCAGAGCCCAGAGCAUGCAGGGCACAGAUAUUUGCUAGUUACAAUUAUUCCAUAGGCUUUAUACUUGCCUGGGUGCUGAGGUUGGCACACGCUUGGAUAUGGCACGUGCUUUCUUAGGAGACUAUUAUGUAUAAGUUAAAGCUAGGGAGAUGCCACUAUUAGAGCUCCAAUUCCACUCUUUUGCUUUAAAACAGGCUGUCCUCUGCUUUGGUAUGGCGCGCAGGUGUCCGUUUUGUGGUUACUUUGGAUUAGAGGGGUGACCAUUUCAUUAGUCCCCUUGAUAACAUCUGUUGUAGGUGUCACCUUUCUGGGUGGUUUUAGCAGACUUUCAGGUUGAAUUUUGAAAGACUAGAAGGCUGAAAAUCUUUGUCUCCUACAAUUUCCUUGUCCAACAGGAUGUUACUGCAUAUUGUGCAGGUAGAAUUCUUCUUUUAAUGACCAAUAGGCAAGUCCUACUGAUUUCAAUACAAGUUAUGACUUGCAAUUAAAAGCUGGCUCUGAAAUUCUUAAGACAGACAUGUAGGACUAUUUCUGCCUAUUGGCAUUCAGUUACAGUCCUGUUAGUUUGGGCUUAAGAUGGUCUCCGUGUGCUUUUUUGUUCUGCCUAAUUAUAGGUUGUAUGCAGUAGUUGUGAUUUUUAAAGAGGAAGGGAAACCAUCUAACCAAAAGAGAGAAAUUCCCUUGUAACUCACCAAAGAAACUUCAGGUGAGGACUUUAAAGAUGAGGUAGUAGCCUCCAGUAUGUUACUUAGUUUCAUCAAAAGCAGACCUGAUACCUAGUCAACUCACAGGCUUUUUAUUGGCCAUUCUCAAUGUACAAAUACUUUUUGGAGUCUUAACCCUGCCAUCCCAGUUGAAUUUUAUGGUCCUUUUCUGAGCUACUUGCAGUUAAUACUCAGUUAAAGAAAGGCAUAGCCAGUGAUGCAAGUAUCUCCCAGUCUCUGAGCAAGAGGACUGAAAUUCAGCAUUCGUAAAAUGACAGUCUAAUGGGCCUGGGAUUUUGAGUGAACUGAACACACAAUUCUGAACAUAUAUUUGCAUGUGGACUGGGAAGGAAAUAAAUGGGACCUUGGAAAUAACAGAAAUGUUUUUCCUUUGAAAGAAGUUUUCAUAAAAGAUUUGUUUUCUGUUGGUUAGCUUUUAUUUUUUUCACUCCUUCUCUGAUCCAUACUCCUUUAGUGACCAAAUGAAUAUAACCCAAUUUCCCAUGAACUGGGAAUCUUCGUUUCAUAUUAAAUCAUAUCUAACUAAAUCUGUACAUGCGGGAGCUGAGCUAUCACUUCCACCUGCACACCUUUGUGUACAAGUAUACUUUACAACUUGUAGCAUUUACUACCACUUAAUUUGGUUGAACUUAAACUUAUAGAACCUGGUUGGUGCCAUCAGAGUCUCCUUUGGAAGCUGCCAUCAGGUGAAUGCUAUCCCAUAAUACCAGUAAUAAGGCAAGGAUCCUGUUCACCUGGUUUAGUAUUUAAGAGCAAAUCAACAGCAGUUAUAGAGAAUAAAUCAGAUAUAAUGGAAGGAAUACUAACCUAGAUUCUAGUGUGGACAUUAUUACUAACUUGCUGUGUGACCUUGGGCAAGUCACUUCAUCUUUUCAGGACUAUUUCCUCUUCUGUGAAAUAAGGGCAUUAGACUAGAUGAUCUCCAAAGUCUUCCAAAAGCUCUAACAUUCCAACCUGCUAUACUGAUGGAAAAUAUCACAUGCUUAAGCCUGGGUUUCUUAUGUUGCUGUUAAAUGAUAGAGUUAUGGAAGACGAUGAAAAAACUCAAGUAAAUUAACUUAAUGAUACUAAGGUUUGUUGAUAAAAUGUAUGGCAGCCUUCCGAUUCAUUCACAGUUGUUUUGUAUUUGUUUUGAUGUCCAUUUUUUGUUGAGCAUUCCCAGUUUUCAUUUUCCAUACAGUCUGUAAAGUCUGGUUUUCCCUACACUGUGGCCAGUAUUUGCUACUAGAACAGAAAAACACUGUCACACUUCUAGAAUAGAACUUUACUUGGGCCUCUCCUUUGGUAUGAAGCAGUGCUGGGCUUUAUAGAAGUUAAUUUACAGAUGGCACAAGAUGACAGAACCAAUGCAUUUUAAUGGCUGAGACGUACUAAGAGUUAACCUAACCACUUUGCAAGUUUCAGAGAAAUGGAAAUGUAUUUACAUACUAUUAGCAUUCAGAAAUAUUGACAAAUUCACUUGUUGGGAACCAAAGAUAACAUUUCUGAUAACAACUCCCACAGUGAUUGGCCAGUUAUAUGAGUUCAGUACUGCAGAGAGGGUUAACUAGUAGUUAGUGGAUGGUCACAAUGCCCUGCCUACAGCAGAGUGCCAACCAGCCCUGAGUGUGAAAUUCAAGUUCAAUGUGUGUGCUUGUGUGUGGUGUGCUUUAUGGACCCGCAUAUACUAUGUUCAUUAGUGAUGAUGAGGUCUUUCACAGAAUCCUAUGACUAUUAAUGGGGUCGAGUUCUAAAUCUCAGUACAUCAGCCAAUAGGAGCCAGAUCACAAGGGUACUGAUGUCUACUGGGAUUAUACUCACAAUAUCCAGGAAAAAAAAAAAAGUUGAGGAGGAUCUACAUUUUCAUCGUUUAUCAGAAUUGUAUCUUAUUUGGCUGUGCAUUACUUUUGUUAAAAUGUGUUAUCUAUAAACCAUGUGUAGUGAAAUUCUUCUGUAACUUUGGAUUAAAGGUAUUUAUGGUCUUUGUUUGGUUGGUUUUUACGUAAGUUAUUUCUUUGUAGACAUGCUGAUGGUAUGGUUCCAUCCUUUUAACCUCAGCAUCUGAUUUUUAAAGAAUUUUUGUUUCAAUAUUGUUAUUUUAAUUGUGGUUGAAGCAAUAGAAAAUUGAAAUAUGGAUUGUGCAUGAUGUGUCUUGAGUGUAAAAAUAUUGCAGUUUGAAACUUGGACCUAAAGUAUUGCAAAUAAAAAUGACAAACAUCAA